AUGGCACGCCAAAACAAAAACAACAAGAAGAAAAAUCUGUCCGCCACCGUAGCAUCGAGCGCACGCGAAAGAUGGAUCGAAUGGCAAAGGGCAGAACUCGACAUUACGCAGAUUGUCCGCGAGGGUGCAUCGGAGGAAGAGAUGGCUAGAACGGUAUUUGAACCAGGGGAGAUGAUAGUCGCGGAAGCCAAGCACGCUGCUGGGCUCGGUGCGGCGAUUGGGAAGAGGACGCUCACUGAGAAGAAGGGGAAACAGCGGGCAAAUGUUACUGAGCAGACAGACGAACCCACUGUACCGACGGAAAGGAGUGAGGAGCCUCAGGCGGAGUCACUGCCGGAACAACGCAGUAUAUUGACUGGUUGUCCUCCAACCUCGAAUGCCGGACCAUCGAUCGAACCCAUAGCGUAUCGAGUACCGCCUGUGAGAAGACCGCCCCCGAAUAUACGAGUGCGCUGCAAGUGGCCAGAGCAGGCCUGCAAGCCCCAUUCCAUCGCAGAAGUCCAGAAGAUGAUAAACAGGAUCUAUACCUACUCAUCACAAAUGAAGGGAGUGCAAAGCUGGGGCGCUCUCGAACCCGACAAGUGGCUACCAAUGCUGCAGAGCAUAUGCACAGGCGCAGAGGAAUAUGCCGAAAACGAGACCGCAACUAUGGAAGCUGACUUGAAGUUUUAUCGGUCUCUGUUCCCGGCCGAACAGGCCGCCGCGUUGCGCUGGCCGAUGAGGAAGAAAGGCCACCACCAUCGACACCAGCUCCGAAAUAUACUAGUGAAGUAG